UCUGGUUGUUUACAAUCUCUCUGGCUAAACAUGGCCGUUGACAAACUCACUCAUGUCAGUUAGCACUCGAUAAGUCUUUAUAUUUUAAAAUUUACAAAUCUUAAGUUGCAAAAUAAGCUACUGAGAAGUUACCAGUUUAAUUGUCUUUUUACCUUACUGUUCGUUCGGCGUUUAUCUCAUCUCCCGGUGACUCGUUAGCCGUUGAAGCUAGGAAGCAAGCUAACUUCUCCAUAGGGAACAAUGACAGCGACUUCUGCAGGUAGCAACAGCUGCCUCACCGCCAAAGGACUGGACAUAAGUCUGGCUGCCCUGCAGCGGCAAGACCCAUACAUCAAUAACAUCGUGGAUGUGGCCAGCCAAGUCGCCCUGUAUACUUAUAACAACAGGGCAAAUGAGUGGGAGAAGACUGAGGUGGAAGGCACUCUUUUUAUCUACACAAGACUUGCAUCUCCCAGGCAUGGUUUCACCAUUAUGAACAGACUCAGCAUGGAGAACUUGACAGAGCCAAUCACCAAAGACCUGGACUUCCAGCUCCAGCACCCCUUCCUGCUUUACCGAAAUGCGCGAUUGGUUAUCCAUGGCAUUUGGUUCUACGAUAAGGAGGACUGUCAACGCAUUGCUCAGAGGAUGAAGAUUCUCACCCAGCAGGAGCAGGCCCUGGCUCACUCUCAAGGUGGAUGGUUGUCCCCAGGAGGAGUGGGAGGAGGAAGAGGAGGAGGAGGAGGAGGACUAGGAGGAGUACUUGGAGGAGGAGGAGGAGGAGGAGGAGGACAUGAAACUAAAGGGGUGGACAUCAUUCAGAUGUUGACAAAAGCACGCACAGAGUAUGACAAGUCUACAUCAGAGCCAAAGGAGAUUGGUGGCAGCAGUGUUAUCUAUGGAAACCCCAACCUGAUCAAACCAAUACCGGUUAAACCCAACACUCAGGACAGUGAAAGUGCUGAACCUAAGCCCCUCUCUUUGGCCACCCUUUUUGGCUCUCAACAUCAACAUCACCAGUCAUCCAAACCUGUCCCAGUCUCCCCUACGGCCGCACCCGGGUCGGUAAAGGUCUCCCGGCCACCUGUAGCCCGUACGCUGAAAUACGAUGAUGCAUUGAACUCUGGCAGGAGUGUGACCUCCAAAGAAGUAAACGUCGCCAUGGUUGGGGCUGUCAUCGGAGGACAAACGGUCAGGGAACACGGUGGAAAUGUUGUGGGCUUGCUGCCAAAUCCCACCUCCCCCCACCAGCACAACCAGCCUCAGCACUGCCCAGCCAUCCAGAAACUCAUGCAGGGACAGAGAGGAGUCGGGGUGGCCGGAGGGGUCCUUCAGACCCUGUCUGAGUCCCCCGAGAACAGGCUGUGCGACAACGGCGUCCCGCUGGAGCAUCACCACCACCAUCACCAUCUCAUUCAUCAUCACCAUCAGCAGCAUCACCUUCUCCAUCAUCAACAGCAACAGCAACAGCUUCAAGCUGAUCCAAUCAAAAGACUCUUCCAAACCCAGCCACCUCCCCCUUCUUCAAACCCCCCGCCGCUGCAGCAGAACCCCCAUCUCUCCUCUCAGCCCCUUAUGGUGGAUUCUGUGUCAUGUGCCCAUCUUCAAGCGCAACAAAGCCAGCAGCUGUUUUUCAGCAUACCGAAACCUCAACCAGAGGCCCAGCACAACAGCCAGCCAGCUUCAACUAUCCAGGGAACAGGUUUUCUGUCAUCUCAGGUGACCAAUGACCAAGUCUUUCAACCAUUGCCAGGUCUGUCUGCUCAGAUGCCUGGUGUGGUGUCGCCUCAUGAGCUCCUGCAAAGGCUCCAGCUUGUUCAGCAGGAGCAAAGCCUGUCUUCCCACGAACCCCCUCGGCCCAGUCCAGGACUGGCCCCUCGGUUCCUGGGGCCCACUCAAGCUCAAGGUGCGGGCACAGUUGUAGGCCCAAACCACACAACAGCCACUGCAGGUCAAAAGGCUGCACUGCAGUUUCAGGUCAUCUCCCCCCAGCGGAUACCAGCCACUGUUGCCCCCAACCUGCUCCUCUCCCCCAGUGUGUUCACUCAGGCAAAAUCUAGUAGCGGGUUGUCAGCGGUUGCCCAGGAGGGCAGUCCUGCCCCCUCAAACCUGUCCAGACCCAAACUGCAGGAGGACAUCAGAGUUCUGUCCAGAAACCAGCUGCAAGCCACACUGCUGAAUCUGAUCCAGACUGACAGCUCAUUCCUGGACACCAUCUAUGAAGCCUACAUCAGCCGCUUUGCUAAUGACUCCAGCAGCAAGUACUGAUGACUCUUCACACCCUCUGUCUAUACAUACACCCUGUUCGGGGCAGCGAGGCUCAUUUUUCUACACCUAAAAUGGAUGUACCACUUCCUCUUCCGAAUCCAGCCGUGCACACUCUCCUCUGCACUGUAUAGCCAGUCAACAUGAUUCUCUUCACUUCAAGUCUCUCUGGUGUAACAAAAAAAGCAGUUAUCAGAAAUUAUAAAUCUUUGAUUCCAUUGAAAAAACACAGCUUUUCAUCCCAUGACAACAAAUUCUCUCAAACUAAGGACCACUAUUUUUUUUUUGGCACAAAUGUUGCAUAACCAUACAGUCUUAACAUAACCUGUAGUUUAGGGGAAAAUGUAGCCUAUACUCCAGUUCACUCUCCAUGGAGAAAAAAUAUGCUGCAACCUCACUGUUUUGCAAAUGUGUUUGAAUUUAUUAGUUCCCUGCCUUAUUUUAUUUCCACAAAUUGUAGCAAAAUUGUAUUGCAUUUUUAGUUUUAUUUUGAAAUAACGUGCAGUCUUUAUUCCGUUACAGUCGUCUAACACCAGCCAGCCUUCUGGGCUCUAAUAAACAAGUCUUCCUAGUCUAAGAGCUAGGGCUGAAGGAUAUGCUCAAACUGACUUGAAACUGACUUCACUUAUGAAGUGCUUUUUGUACAUUUGGAAAAGUAAGUAUGUUUAAAUGUGUCAGAAGUUGUUGAAUUUUAAUUUAAAGAUCUUUUAAAUUAAAUUAACAUAAAGCGUAUAUAUUUUAUGAUCCAAAUUCUUCUAAAGAUUUUCAAAUAAUACGUUGUCAUUUAGAUUUUUUUCAGUCUUAAAAAAAAAUCUGUAUUGGUAUUUAAGAUGAAGAAGUCAAAAUGACGUGGUAUCUAACAUGAAGGAUCAAAGAGAGUACAGGAGAUUGUUAACCUGCACUACCUCACAGAGAGCUAGUUCAGAGGUGUAGCUGUGUUUCUAUUUAGGAGAUUAUUAGUUAUUUGAUUGGAAAGUUUUUUAAAGAUUAGAUUACCCAGUCAAGGUCUUUAUUUCAGUUUAUCAAGAGGGAUUUCAUUAUCAUAGAAAAAACUGACAAUCUUUCAACACAGUAAAAUAUAACUUGAAUUGUUGCGUACAUUUUUUCAUGUUCGCAUUCAUAACACAGUUCCUGAACAGCUUGUCAGCCAAACAAAGCAAAUUAAAGAAAUUCCCCUAAGGAAUAAUCAAACUUUUAUUUAAUAUACAGACUUUGCUGUGGACGGCGGUUUAGUUAAAAUAAUUGAUUGGUUAAAUGAAGAUUUAAAGCAAUUAAAAGCAGCAAAGAAGGUAUAUAAAUAUAUCUGAUAAGUGUUCUGAGUUCACAGGCCUGUUCAAAGCAAGUAUAGCAGAAAACAUGAUGGAAAAUGCAUUUAAAAAAUACAGUUCUACUAUAUAUACUGCAUAAAAUGUCAAACAAACAAACCAACCAACAAACUCAGUUCCUUACUAAGUACAGCAGAAGAGUUGCAAUAAGUAAAAAUGUUUAAUUUUAUCAGGGUUUAUUGGGGUUUGCAGUUCAUGUUUAGCUCCUGUGCUAAACUUAUAUAUGUAUAUAGCCAGGCUAUACAGUAGCUACCAGGAAGUACACAAAAACAGCAGCAACAACAAAAAAAGAGAAUACAUUUCAGAAAAAAACAAAUAUUUUUUUCCCUAUUUUUGUACUCAAGCAAAUGUAUUGUUCUCAUAGUGCAAAUAACCGGCUUGUUACAUUACAGUUAAAUGUACAGCUAACAUAGAAGUAAAAAUUCUUCUACAACAUAUCUACAGUUAUUUGUCUUGUGUUCUUUUAAUUCAAAAGAUGUCACCCAUAUUUUUUUUUUAAACUCUGUCAGUAAAAAUAAUAUGACAUUGGAAUGUCAACUGAAACAUUUUUACACAAUUUUAUUUCUUUUUGUCAGGAAUGUUUUGCUCUUACAUAAACUGGAAUAUAUUUUAAUUGGAUAUUAAAUGUUCUCAAACUGC